CUCUACAUCCGAACCAGCUUUCCACGAAUAGACAUUUGUCUUAUCGGACAUCUCUUCCACGUGCAUCUUCCGUAAACAUUCCACAAGAAGUUGGUCGCGCAGUGACCGCUGUCGACGCUACAUACGAAGACCGGAACAUCGACAACUUCAUCAACGUCAUCAACAAUGGUGCCCACGAUCCCCGGCUUCCUCAGGCUACCGCUUGAAAUUCGCCAGCUGAUAUACCAUUAUCUUCUCGCGCAAAACUUCCAGAGCCGAAGCGUCGAUAUGACCGUCCGACAGCGACACGGUGGCUACAAAUUACAAGGCCUCGAAAGCAUCCAAGGCCUGGUAUUCGUCAGCCGCACCUUCCUCGACGAGAUCCUCAGCUACUGCUUCAGCCGCUUCAACUUCUUCCUCCACAACGGGUCAGAGUCCAUACGCUUCGUAGUACGAGAAUUUUACCGCCAAAUCGGUGCCGAGAACAGGAAGCUUGUUAAAUACAUCACCAUUCCCAAGUUCAGUAUCGAUCGUGUAAUUAUGCAUCCAAGCAAUAUGGUUGCGCUCUUCGCCAGCUAUCAAGCUAGGUCCAUGCAGCUUCUCGAUGAGAUGCAAGGUGCUUUCGCCCUUCUCGAACGCUUCCCUGCGCUGGAAGAACUCGAUCUGGGACUUGACACUUAUGAGGCAACGCGUUUAAGUGAUUUCCGAUACCACGAUCGCAAUGUACAGGCGCACCCUAUGACGAGAAACAAGCGCAUUAUUCAAGGACAUGGAAGGGCGUACGACUUUUAUAUUAGGGACGCCUUGCAAGAAGCCAGGGGGUUGUCAGCAAGAGUGACUAUCGGCAUAUGGUGGACGUCAUAUCUUGAAGUCAGCCUUGAUACCGAUAAGAAGGAAGCCCGGGAAGAAUUUCUGCAUCGAAUACGAGAAGACAUUGCGCCUGUUCGAGUUGUAUGUAAAGGCAUCAUGUAAAUCACAAGUACACUCCGAGUGCCUCUGUAGUUGGACGAAACAUCAGACAGGGUCUGAUGACAUCAUGCCAGUAACGGCUGCGACAUGGAGAGCCGUCGCAACAACCUUGGGCUUAGUGCUUCUUCUUGCAUUUCCGAUAGCAAUAGACAUCACAUGGAUC